UGGAGUAUAUACAUAUAUAUAUAUUUAUAUAUAGAUAGAAUUGAAGGUGCUAAUAUAUUAGCAUCAACUAACUCCUGGAUCAUAAUAAGAUGGGUACUCAAGCUCCGUCGUCUGAUCUCCAAAACUACAACUCCAAGACUGUUGAUGAACGAUCUGCAAAAGAAAAGGCCAUUGAUGACUGGCUUCCAAUCACAUCUUCAAGGAAUGCAAAAUGGUGGUACUCAGCUUUCCACAACGUGACCGCCAUGGUUGGGGCGGGAGUUCUCAGCCUCCCUUACGCCAUGUCAAAUCUCGGAUGGGGACCCGGCGUGGCGGUCAUGGUCAUCUCUUGGAUCAUCACUCUCUACACUCUCUGGCAAAUGGUGGAAAUGCACGAAAUGGUGCCUGGGAAACGCUUCGACAGGUACCAUGAGCUCGGCCAGUACGCAUUCGGAGAAAAACUGGGCCUCUGGAUCGUGGUGCCCCAACAAUUAGUCGUGGAAGUUGGGGUGGACAUAGUUUAUAUGGUCACUGGGGGGAAAUCUCUCCACAAAUUCCACGAAUUAGUCUGCAAAAAGUAUUACGACAAUGAGGGUCAUCCUCACUGCAAAAAGGACAUAAAACUCACCUACUUCAUUAUGAUCUUUGCCUCUGCCCAUUUCGUGCUUUCCCACCUCCCCAACUUCAACUCCAUCUCCGGGGUGUCUUUGGCCGCGGCGGUGAUGUCACUCAGCUACUCCACCAUCGCGUGGGGGGCGUCGGUGAAGAAAGGGGUCAAAGACGGGGUGGAGUAUGGGUACAAGGCGCACUCCACGCCGGGGACGGUGUUCAACUUCUUUGCUUCUUUAGGGGAUGUGGCGUUUGCCUAUGCAGGCCAUAAUGUGGUGUUGGAGAUUCAGGCUACUAUUCCUUCCACCCCUGAGAAGCCUUCCAAAGGACCCAUGUGGAGAGGGGUUGUUGUUGCUUAUAUUGUGGUUGCUUUGUGUUACUUUCCGGUUGCCUUUAUUGGGUAUUGGAUGUUUGGGAAUUCCGUGGAUGAUAACAUCCUCAUCACCUUGGAAAAACCUACCUGGCUCAUUGCCAUGGCCAACAUGUUUGUAGUUGUUCAUGUCAUUGGAAGUUAUCAGAUUUAUGCAAUGCCGGUGUUUGACAUGAUCGAGACGGUACUUGUGAAGAAAUUGAUGUUCAAGCCUACCUGGUACCUGCGUUUUGCCUCUAGGAACAUCUAUGUGGCAUUCACAAUGUUUGUUGCCAUUACCUUCCCUUUCUUUGGAGGGCUUCUUGGAUUCUUUGGAGGUUUCGCUUUUGCCCCAACCACAUACUUCCUGCCAUGCAUUAUGUGGCUUGCCAUCUACAAACCCAAGAAAUACAGUCUUUCUUGGAUAGCUAACUGGUUCUGCAUCAUACUUGGAGUUCUUUUGAUGGUUAUAGCACCCAUUGGAGGGCUGAGACAAAUCAUAAUACAAGCCAAGACCUACAAGUUCUACUCUUAAGUUCAUGGCAUGCAUGGAUUCAAACUUCCAUAAUCAAGAAAAUUGUGAUACAAUGCAGGCAGUUCUUGGAGAAGAUGAUGGAAUUGGGAAUUUAGUGCUAGCUGGGCUUGUUUUACACUUAUAGUACUUGUGAAGUUAACUAAAAAGUAAAGUUUUAGUGAAGAUACAAUAAUAUUUGUUUAUCAUUCAAGA